AUGACAUCUCCAUCGAAUCGUCAACAUCGACGUACUGCACCUUAUGUUGUUAUGAAUAAUCAUACUCAACCACCAACAGUUGCCUAUUCUGCUCGAGAAAAACAAUCGAAUAAUACGGAUAAUGUUAUUCAAACAUUAGCAAAUACACCACUUCAACAACCCGAUGAACUUGAUGUAGCAUCUACAACUUUAUUUGAUCUUGUUCGAAGAGCUCAGCGUAUUCGAAGAUGGAUGCAAAAAAAUCAUCGACGUCAAGUUAUACCACAACGAACAGAUUCAUUUCUUGAAAAAUUUGCACCAUCAUCAAAAAAUAAAUUAGUUCAAGAUGAAAAUAGUAAAAAUUGGGUAGUAGAUCCGUCACAAUCAUUUUAUUAUUAUUGGUCAUCAAUUGUUUCACUUGCUGUUCUUUAUAAUUAUACAAUACUUAUUGGUCGUAGUGCUUUUCUUCUUCUUCAACAACGUCUUUUAAUUGUUUGGUUAAUUUUUGAUUAUCUUUGUGAUGUUUGUUAUAUUAUUGAUACAUUCAUACAUACAAGAAAAGGUUAUCUUGAACAAGGUCUUAUUGUUCGUGAUAUCGGUAAAUUACGUAAACAUUAUAUGCAAAGUCGUGCAUUUCUACUCGAUAUAAUAUCAUUAUUACCAACUGAUUUUCUAUAUUUUAUUCCAAAACUUUAUCUAUUACCAGCUGUACGUUUUAAUCGUUUACUACGUAUUUAUCGUACAUUUGAAUUUUCCGAUAAAGUUGAAACACAAACAAAUCAUCCAAAUGUUUUUCGUCUUGUUUCAUUAUUAAUUACUAUUCUUAUAAUUAUUCACUGGAAUGCCUGUUUUUACUUUAUAAUUAGUCGAUGGAUUGGUUAUUCAAGCGAUGGAUGGGUAUAUAAUAUGACGACACCCACAGCAUCAACAUUAACAACACAAUAUUUAUAUUGUUUCUUUUGGUCAACACUAGUACUAACGAAUAUUGGAGAAGUACCACCACCAGAAACUGACAUUGAAGUUCUUUUCGUUACUGCUGAUUUUCUAACAGGUGUACUUAUAUUUGCUACGAUUGUUGGAAAUGUGGGUUCAAUUAUUGCCAGUAUGAAUGCUGUUCGAGCUGAUUUUCGUCAAAAAGUUGAUCAAGUUAAACAAUAUAUGGUAUUUCGAAAAGUUGGAAAAGAUCUUGAACGACGUGUUAUUACUUGGUUUGAUUAUUUAUGGUUACAAAAACAAGUUGCUAAUGAAGAUCAGGUUUUAGGUUCAUUACCACAAAAAUUACGUGUUGAAAUUGCUAUACAUGUUCAUUUAGCAGCAUUAAAACGUGUUCCAAUUUUUGCUGAAGCUCAACCAGGUUUACUUGUUGAACUUGUAACAAGACUUAAAUUACAAAUCUUUAGUCCAGGAGAUUAUGUUUGUAGGAAAGGUGAUAUUGGUAAAGAAAUGUAUAUAAUAAAACGUGGUCGAUUAAGUGUUGUAUCUGAUGAUGGUACAAAAGUAUUUGUUACACUUGAAGAAGGAAGUGUUUUUGGUGAAAUUUCUAUUUUAAAUAUUCCUGGAAGUAAAACUGGUAAUCGUCGUACAGCAAAUAUUCGAAGUGUUGGUUAUUCAGAUUUAUUUUGUUUAACAAAACAAGAUUUAUGGGAAGUAUUAGCAGAAUAUCCGUCAGCACGUGAAACACUAAUUGAACGUGGUAAAGCACAUUUACGUAAAGAUAAUUUAUUAGAUGAAGAAGCCGCACAAACAGCACAAGAAGAUGAAGCAGCUAUACCUGAAAAAGUGACUCGAUUAGAAGGAAAUAUUGAUAAUUUAGAAACACGUUUAGCACGUCUUAUGGGUGAAUAUUCAGCAAAUAUGGCAUCACUUGGUCAACGUUUACAAACAGUUGAAAAAUUAGCUGAUACAAAACGAACGACAACAACUGAUGAUAUACCAAGUCGAAAAAAUACACUUGAUAUUAGUGGUAUUGAAACGCAUGAAGAUGAUGUUUAA